AUGAAUUUCCCUCCAAAGCACAACCCCUAUCUCGAUCCUACCAAUAAACAACACCGCGAUUAUACCCGUCUAGACGUAUCUCACUCUCCAGACAACGUCCCAGACACCCCUUUCAACUCACCCACCGCAAUGUCACUCUCAAACUCUGAAUCCUCAAGUCCAAAUUUCAAUCCCUUUUCUCUAAACCAACUCAUCAUGAACGGAAAUGAAACAUCCUUAUCGUCAGCACUACACCAAUCACGAAACUUCACACCCACAUCCGCACCAUCAGAUUGGCGUCCCGAAUCGCGGGAUCGUGCUGGCUCAACCGGCUCAGAAAGAUCGGAUAUGAUUAGCAACAGUAGACAAUGCCACUGUGGAAGUGGAGGAAUGCAAAAAAGACGCGGUGGUGAAGAAUCCGGUCCUCGGUUUGGAAGUUAUAGCGACAGUCGUUGUGAGCAGUGCAUCUUAGGAGACGAAGAUGUGGAGAGGGGAAGAUGUAGGACGAGGACGAAUUCGAGCAGCUCAAGGGAUAAGGCGAGUUGUUCCAGGGAAAGGAAAAGAAGAAUGGAUCUUUAA